AUGUCGAGCAAAGUCAAGUCGCGUUGGGCAAAUGACGAAGAAGACGCUGCGCUUGAUCUGCAGCACAAACGCGAAAAGGAAGAAAAGAAACGAUUGAAGGUGGAAAAACAGAGGAAGCUCGAUGAGCAAGCUGCCGCAGAAAUCCAUGCUCAUGCUCCCCCCGAAUCAGAAAUCUCCUCCGAGAGACCUUCGAAACGUCGCCGUUUAUCGCCCUCUCCGGCGCCUGUACAAAAGCCCAAUUUACCACCAGCCAAACUACUCCGAUUUCCAGCGCCCAAUUGGGGAAAAUGUCGCAGCGUGGAGGAUUAUGAGAAGCUGAAUGAUAUAGAAGAAGGGGCGUAUGGAUGGGUAUCACGCGCAAAGGACAGUCGGACAGGGAAGGUUGUCGCGCUGAAACGGCUGAAGAUGGAGAAUGCGAAUGAUGGGGUGCCGGUGACGGGCUUGAGGGAAAUCCAAACGUUGAUGAAUUGUGAGCAUGAGAAUAUUGUGAGGUUGAGAGAGGUAGUCGUUGGGGAGGAUACGAGUAAGAUUGAGAAUAUUUUCCUCGUUCUCGAUUUCCUCGAACACGACCUCAAAACCCUCCUCACAUCCCUCUCGGAACCUUUCCUCCCCUCCGAACUUAAGCUCCUCCUCCAGCAACUUACAACAGGCGUCGCCUACCUCCAUACCCACUACAUCCUUCACCGCGACCUCAAAACCUCCAACCUCCUGCUCUCCAACCGGGGGGUCCUCAAAAUUGCCGAUUUCGGUAUGGCCCGCUACUGCGGCGACCCGGCCCCCAAAAUGACCCAAUUAGUUGUUACCCUCUGGUAUCGCAGUCCCGAGCUCUUGCUUGGGGAAGAACGAUAUGGCAAGAGUGUAGAUAUGUGGAGCGUCGGUUGUAUAUUUGGCGAGCUGCUCAGCAAUGACGCAUUACUCCCCGGGAAAAACGAAGUCGACCAACUAUCCAAAAUAUUCGAACUCCUCGGCCUCCCUACCGAAUCCACAUGGCCCACCUUCAAACGCCUCCCCAACGCACGCUCUCUCCGUCUCCCCAAAAAUCCCAACCCCGCCACCCAAGGCUCGGUUCUACGCUCUAAAUUCCCCUUUCUGACCUCGGCUGGAUCAUCUUUGCUCUCCUCGCUCCUCAGCUUAAACCCUGCGAAAAGACCUUCUGCGCAGGAAGUUCUGCAACAUGAAUACUUUAAAGAAGAUCCGAAGAUGAAAAGUAGAGAUAUGUUUCCAACGUUUCCGAGCAAAGCGGGAUUGGAGAAGAAGAGGCGGAGAGGGACACCGGAUGCUCCCCAGAGAGGAGAGGCUCCCAAAGGGCUAGGAGGUGUGUUAGAUUUUAGUGGGGUGUUUGGGAGUGGAGGGGGAGAAGAUGUUGAGAAAGGGGCCGGGUUCAGUUUGAAGCUGAUCUGA